UGCUCUUCUCCCCCGUACCAAUUACACAUAGCGUAGCUAUGCUUUGAGAAACGUGUCACGGAAAUAUUAGAUCGAGAGAUUUUUUAUACUUGAGAAAAAGAAAAGGAAAAAAUGUGUUAAACAACGAUGAAUGAGCUGAUUUUACUAAUCUUAUACAGUAAAGGAGAUUUUAAAUAAUUUUUAUCUCUCUGUACCCUGUGAAAAAAGUAUCUCUAUGCAAAGUUCUCUACUUUUCAUCGUUUAUAUUACCCACGGCAUAUUUUAAUCAUUACAUAAACGUCUAACGCAUAAACAGAUGAUUUUUCAAGAAAUAAUUCACAUUGGAUUACCGGAGAUUUGAAUGUCCUACCAUCACGAUCGAUAUAUCGAUCAAUUUGCUGUCGCUCGAAUAUUAAAAUCGAGUCGGUUUGUUUUUUUUUCUCGCUAAAACUGACCGACGAGAAAACGAGAAAACGAAAAGUCUGUAUGCUACGAGUGAUUUAUAUUCGCGUUAGAUCGUAAUAAUUUAACGCUAUGAUAAUGAAGUGACGCGACGAUAUUUUAAUUUUGAAAGAUACUACCGAUUUGCCCGGUGUCGUGACAAGCUCCUUCCCAUCGAACCUCGUAAAAGAGCUACUUUAUUAAUAAGUAUCGAGAAAACCGCCGCCUGCGUCUUUUUUUAUACAGAAUCCGUAUAAUCUAGCAAUGAAUAUAAAAGUAGCCUCUGUCAGGCGUACGGGCCAGCGAACAGUAAAUCAUAGAAAGUUCAAGGAUACUCGGAUUUUCACUCUACUUCCUCUGACGCUGUGCAAAGUCUGCUGAGAAGUCGGGUGGUAGACGGUUUUACGCGCGAAUCGCAGAAUCAAAGCUGGAACCGCGAGCGGCGAUUGUUCCUUUUUCAGUCAGGCCAAAUGUCCCGCCAAACCAGUCUGACCGAGGGGUUUCAAGUUGACUUUUUGCGGUUGAGCUCGUAAAGGCAAGGACGUUAAAAAUGGCAGAGCGGCGUCAUCCCGGUGCAGUCCACGGACUGCUUGGUUUUCCAUUAAGAAAGGCGGCAAAGGAUUUUGACGUCAACGCGCAGCGAGGUUUCGCCUCCCACUAGGAACCGGCUUCAUGGUUGGGAGUCCUCGGCGCAGCUGCGACUUCUGGAAAGGGACGUCCCGGCGCCUCUGACGCCGACGACCACAUCGAACCCGGGGACGCGUCGAUCAGCAGUUUGUGAGAUGUCGUCGACACGGACGCGCACUUCUUAGCCCUGUUGGUUACGUGGGUUCCCCGUAUACGUGCAGCAUAUAAGCAUCCGCAGAUGCGUGUCGCCGUGAAUAGCCAGGCACAGGAAGAAGAACGACUCGCGUCCUCGGCAUUUCCACCUGGCAGACCGCGGCUAGAUAGCGCAUCGAUUCGCAAGCUGCAAACGGUGGAGAGCUUGCACAGCGACCGGGACGAUAACGAUCCAGCGAUAGAGUGCGAGCGGCUGUGAUCAAAAAGGGAAACACACAGACAGUUCGGUUUGGAGAAGCGGCGAUGGCGUAGUGGCGCACUGCGAACCUCCACGGGGCACGCCGCAGUUUCGAGACGAAUUUUAGGAAGAACGCGGCCAACAGGGUACGUGUCUCGCGUGACAAUCGCGCGACAACUCGAAAGGGGGAAAGUAUCGAAAGUGGCUUUCGCCGGAAAUUUUGAAUCCGCUAGUGUUCUGCCCGAAAAUUCCGCGUUGCGUUACGUUACAUUCGAGCGUUACAUCAGUGGUUGUUACUACACGGUGUCGUCGGUUGCUCUUGCUCAGCCGCGAUUCGUCAUCGGUUUGUUUGUCCAUCGACGUGCUUACAACGAUCAGUAACGUUGCGAGACACGCGCGAUUCAUCCGUGCCUAUUUCUGAUGUGCCGUUUAUUCAUCAACGAUCCCCUGCCAGCUGGCAGGAGUAUAGCGCGCGGUUAUAUCGAACGGAAUAUUCUCGGUAUUUCCAUUGUUAAUUAGCGAAUGCACAGUUUUCACUUCUUCGAUUGUCCCAUUGAUCCCCGAGUGCUCUGCUCGCAUGCUGCUAGCUUUAAAGUGACAUCGUCUAAUAUUGACCGCUGUCUUGUUCGUAUUACCGUCAAGUGUCUGGCCCGCGAUCUUAAGAAGCAACUCGCGAGUCUAGUGGAAUCUUCCGUGUUACACGAUAUCAAUUAAAAGCUCAGACACGUCACGAAAACGCUUAUUUUCAUUGCUUUUUCGCCGUAAAGCGUACAGACGUCAGUUUCUCACGUUUCAGAUUCGAGGUGCUUCCUGUGCAAACGCUUGACGCCUGUUCAUCGAAACGACCGGAUGCAUCUCGCCACGAGACUGUUCGCCAUGAGCCUUCGGUUCAUCUGUGAUCCUCUGUCAUGCUAGUAGAGCAACCGGGCUGCUCAUCGACGAGAAGCGAGCCAGGAAACACCGUCCGUCUCGACGGCGAAUCGAUAAAGUGGAGCGUGGCUAUCCGACGGUGGAGAAAUUCCAAAGCCUGACCACGCGGGGAUCUUACUCCUGGUGCAGUUCGAGGACGCGCGACGAGCUAACCCGAUCAGGAUGUUAACCUGCUGGGUGCUGACCGGUGUGUUCGGAGUCAUCGUGCUGCUUUACGGCCUAAUAGAGAUCCACUAUUUCCUGCGUAUGUUCUUCACCGUCUUCUUCGCGCGUUUCUGCAAGAAGAGGGUGCACAUCCUCGACGAGACCACCGUCUAUGGUGUCUGCACCACCACGGACGUGGAUACGUUGCUCUAUCACAUGAACAACGCGAGGUAUCUGCGCGAGCUGGACUUUGCCAGGGCGGAUUUCUAUGAAAGGACGAGCCUCUAUCGCGAGAUCUGCGCGCAAGGAUCAGGCGUGGUGCAAGGAGCGUCCACCAUUCGUUAUCGUCGUUUCCUCAAGCCUUUGUCCAUCUUCAAAAUAACCUCUAAGAUUAUAUAUUGGGACGAGAAGUCCGUGUUCAUGGAGCAUCGGUUCAUCACUCCCAGCGACGGAUUCGUCAGGGCCAUCGCGAUUUGCAGACAAAAGCUUCUGAACUGCAGCGCCGAGGCCGUGAUCGGUUCCCUGAUGGAACGUGGCGUGAAGCAGAAUGGUAACGCCGAUCCGGGUGUAACUCAGAUACCUCACGUCCGGCCGCAGAUGCCACCGGAAGUCGCUAGGUGGUUGGAGAGCAACGAAAUCUCUUCGGCGCUGCUUCGUCAGGCCCCGACAGUGACUACGCAUUGCUGACAAAAGGAGGAUACGGCGUCCACCUCAAAUGGCGCCGUCUCCACUUCCGUCUACGCGACCACGACCGUCUAAUGUCAAAGAUCAGAUCGAUCUCGAUCGUGGUUAGCCGCGAAUCAGUUAAACGAAUCUUCCCGUAGUCGUUUCUUGCUCGAACGACGCACGAGAAGGUAGCUUGGAAUCAAUUUUUCUAAAGCGAAGAAAUUUACCGAGAAA